CAAAGAAGAAUCAGACACUGGCGACAUCCGGUUCCGUCCAGCGCCAUUUUGAUGAAACAGCGAGGAGACGAUCGUCUGGGAUCAGCGACAUGGAUUUAAUGGAUUUACACUGAAGAAUCAUCCGGAUUCAAAACUUUAUUUUCUGUGGUGGGACAUAACCGUGGAGUGAAGAGGAACCUUUUCGUCCUGACUGCAGACGGUGGAUUUUUGCCCCAAAGUUUAGCGUGACACCAUUGUCAGCAAUAGCAGCGUUAGCCGUUAGCUUUUGUUAGGCCUGCUUUCAUGUUGUGUUGAGUUGCGUUAGCUAAUCUCGAGGUGUCGCAUGUUAGCCUUGACAUUAGCUUAACAUUUACACGGAACAUUUCGAUUUAAGAUUAACCUUUUCGGAGGGGUCUAAACAGUAGUGUGACUCCUGUGGACUGGCCGUGGAGCAUUUCACGCAGUUUUGUGGACUUUUUGUGGAGCUCGGUGGUGUUUUGUUUCUAUAAAUUACAAACUGUACCGAAAAGGCAAAACACUACCGCGAGGACUGGGGAAGCCCCAGGCCCGCUGCUAGCUGCAGUGCGGCGGACCGGGUUUUCCAGCAAGGACAAUUCACGACGGACUUAACCUCAUUUACCCAUGUAACAUAUUCACACUGUGCUGCAUGGACUCUCUUGGAUUUGGUGGCACCUUGUUGUAUUUUCUUGGACUUUAAAGAACUGAAGAGGCACACGGCGCCGCUCCAUGGCGCUUUGGCCUCGCUGCUCGAUUAUUUUUCAUUUCCAGUAAUAAUGACUGUGUCGUCAUCUGCGAGCUCAACCUUUUCCCCAUAUUAGUCCUUUCUUUGUCCAGUGUUUCAGCGAAUAAUACAGAAGGUUUACCCAUUAAAGUCACCAGAUUUAGCCUCCUGUGUUCAGUGUUGACGCUUUCAUUUUGUUAUACCAGGCCUGUGUUUUUUUUCUUUGUUCUUAACUUGAUAAGUGCUUAGACUUGUUUAAAAAAAAAAAGAGAGAGAGAGAGAAAGAAAAAUCCAAACAAAACAAAAAAAAAUGUCGUGUGUUCACUAUAAGUUUUCUUCCAAACUGGACUAUAAUACAGUCACUUUCGAUGGGCUGCAUAUCACUCUCAGCGAGCUUAAAAGGCAGAUUAUGGCCCGGGAACGGCUCAAGGCCACAGACUGCGACCUGCAGAUCACCAAUGCGCAGACUCGAGAAGAAUACACAGACGAUGAAGCCCACAUCCCAAAACACUCGUCUGUGAUCGUCCGCCGCACCCCGAUUGGUGGAGUAAAACCUGCUGGCAGGACGUUCAUUGUAGAUCGUUCUGACACAGCUGUGGUGGGACCUCCUAGACCCACGGACUCUUCUCCUUCAUUGUCGUUCGCCCAACUUGCGAAGACUGCUAACCUGGUUGAUGCAAAUGCAUCCGAAGAGGACAAGAUUAAAGCCAUGAUGACUCAGUCGAAUCACGAAUAUGAUCCAAUACAUUACUCCAAGAAGGCAGUCGGACCUCCACCUGCUCACUACACCUGCUUUCGUUGUGGAAAGGCCGGUCACUACAUUCGGCAGUGCCCCAUGCUAAUGGUUCAGGAUAAAAGUGUGGAGGGUCCCAAGCCAGUACGAAUUAGUAAGGGGAUACCACAGAGCUUCAUGGUGAAAGCAGAGCCAGGUGCCAAGGGAGCCAUGUUAACCAGCACAGGAGAAUACGCCAUACCUGCUAUAGAUGCGGAAGCAUACGCACAGGGAAAGAAGGAGCGCCCUCCAUUUGUUCCACAUGAACAGUCGUCAUCUGAGGAUGAAAACGAUCCAAUCCCUGACGAGCUCCUGUGUCCGAUCUGCAAUGACCUGAUGACAGAUGCCGUAGUCAUACCUUGCUGUGGAAACAGCUACUGCGAUGACUGUAUUAGGACUGCCCUGUUGGACUCAGAGGAGCACAUCUGCUUCACGUGCAAACAGUCAGAUGUGUCACCUGAUAAUCUCAUUGCCAACAAGUUUCUUCGACAGGCUGUAAACAACUUUAAGAAUGAGACAGGAUACACCAAACACGGGCGCAAGCAGGCCCAACACACAGCUCCGCCUCCACCGCGGCCACAGCUGGUCAGGCCUCUGCACUCGAGACAGCAGGACCCGCUGCUGGCCAAUGUCACUCAACCACCUCCUACAAAUGUACCAACCACCACGGCCCCUCAAACACAGGCCCCACCUACUGCACCUGCUCCUUCUGUUCCUUCUCCUGCACCACCUGCUGCGUCUACUCCACCCCCUGCUUCUCCUUCCCCUGCUGCUGCUUCUAUUGUCGAGGAAAAAGAAGCUUCGCCAGUCCCUGCACCGGCUGUUGAUCGCCGUUCUCCUAUGCACUCGACCAACUCCACCGACCAGGGUGAACCACCCCCACCAGGGGAGACGCGUCCAGAACCUAAAGGGACAACUGAUUCAUCAGGACCCUCAGAAAGUGGCUCACAGAGCUACACUUUACCAGUGAUUGGCCAACUGCCACCUACAAGACCAUCUCAUCAGUCAGGUCACCAUUCACGGACAAACCACUCUCACAGAGUAGGAGCAGUAGCAGCACCAGCAGGCGGAGGUGGCAGACACUGGUACCGAAGUAGAGGAGAGCACCCCUCCAGUCGCCUGCACACAGCUCCACCUCCUGUACCUAGUCCUCAGGUGUACCCAUCUCCAGCCCUGUAUCCACCUCCACCUCAGGCCUACCCUCCUCCAUACAGUGCUGGUCCUGGCCUUAUUCCUCCUCCUGCUAUGAGUUACCAGCCCCAGCCUGUUUAUCCCCCUGGACCAACAGUUCUCAACCCCCCCUGGGUUCCCCCUGGUACCCAGCCCCCUCUAGUCCCUCUUCCACCCACCCUCCCACAGCCACCUCUCUGUAAGGAAGACUUCUACAGGCCAAGGCAUCACAGACAGGACAAGGUUACCUCCAAGCUGGAUGAGUUCACUAAAGACUUCCACAAAGAGCUUAUGAAAUACCGAAAUGCACCAAAGAGAAGAAAGCGAUCUUACUCCAGGUCCAGGUCAUACAGUCGAUCUCCAUUUAGCCGCUCUCCUUACUCGCGCUCUCGGUCCAGAUCAAGAUCUAGAUCCAGAUCCAGAUCCAGGUCUUACUCUUAUUCACCGAGCCGAUCCCGCUCUCGUUCACGAUCCCAUGGCAGGUCCUAUCCUCGCUCGCCUUAUUCCAGACGUAACGGACGCAGUUAUGGACGCUCACGGUCAAGGUCCCGAUCUCGUUCGAGGUCUUAUGGGUACCGUCGCUCUGGCUCACCACGAUCUCCUCCCUCCUACCGGGGAGGAGGCUGGGAGGGGCCAGAAGGGCCUUACAGGUCUAGGUCACGAUCUCGCUCCCCUGGGGCAUACCGGAGCCGCAGCCCUGGCGGACGAAAGCUACCCCCACGCGAGCUACCACCAUAUGAACUGAAGGGUCCGAGUCCCGCAGGCCCCGAGCGCUUUGAAAGGGAAAGGCGCCAGUGGGAAAAGGAGUAUGUAGACUGGUACAACAAAUACUACAAAGAAUACGAUAGCCAACACCCUUCACUGCAUCACAGAGGUCAUGGCAGCAGAGACAGAGAGAGGGACAGAUUGUCCCCUUUAUCCAGAGAUUACUCACCCCAGGGGAGAGGGAGAAGAGGGAGAGAGGAGAGAGCUGGUCCACCUCACCAUCCCCCAUCCUCUUCCUCGUCAGGGACAAAGUCCAGCACUAAAGUCCUGAAAACAAAGAAGAUAAAAAAGAAGAAAGCUGGAGAAGAACCAGAGGCGUCGCAACAGCCGGUGGACAGAGGCGAUGCCACUCCGGUCAGAGACGAACCCAUGGACGAUGUACCGUCACACACAAAAACACCUCCCAUCUCUUCAAGGCCUGCUGUUAACACUGCGUCAUCUAAAGCCCCGCCCUCUAAGAGCACUGCUUCAUCUGUUAAAUCUUCAACCAAGUCUGCAUCAAAAACUCAAUCUGAAAAAACGAAGAAGGACAAAGUUCAGAAAGUAAAGCCUAAAGCAAAGACGGAGCCGGUCAAGGUAAAGCCGGACAAAAUGAAGAAAAAGACCGGAGAAGGAGUUUUGGCAAAAAAGAAAGACCCCUCAUCAUCUUCCUCUUCCUCCUCAGCUGUUAAACCUUUAAAGAGUGUUAAAGCCAAACCAGAAGACACCCACAACUCGACUACCUCUAAAAAAGAAAAGGGUAAGAGCUCCGUUGUGAGGCCUUCACUUGUGAAGACCCCUCCACAGUCCUCCCAUAACCAACCUCUGCCUCAUCCCCCGCUUCAUGACAGCCCCCGAUCCAGCCAUGACAUGCGGGGAAGAAAAAAUCUUCCACAGGGCGGUGGUCUCCUUCCUCACCCCCAUCAACACGGUCUCCCACUCCUCCCCCGACCUUCAUCCCCAGUGGACAACCGGAGGAGGAUGGGAGAGGAGGGUCGCUCUUUACUUGGACCUCCUCCCGGAAAGCUGAGGAGAAUAGAUGGCCUAGGAGGUGGAGUGGAUAUCAUGUCCCACUCGCAUUUGCCUCAUCAGCCCCCACUCCACAGACUCCCACCUUCCUCUGAUAGGCCUGGUAUCCUUCCGCAUCCAGGGAGCCGCGAGCUUGGCCGGGGUGAAACGGAUCGAGCAGCCAUUAGACCUCUAAUGGACCUUCAGGUUAAGCCAGUAAGAAUAAUCAAGUUGAACAGAGAUAUGGGGAGAAGAGGCAGCACUGAGGCAGCGGCCUUGGAUGAAACUUCAUCUGGUCACGAAAAGAACGCCUCAAUCUCAGAGCGAUCAGCUGGCACAAGCAUUUCUGAAGCAGACCGGCACAGUAGUGCAGCAGAAGUAGCUAGAAGAAAAGAGCGCUCUGCAUCUGCGGAGAGGGGAGUCUCCAGAGAGAGACCUGGCAGUGGCGGAGAGGGGCAGCACAUCUCAGACAGAGAGCAGGACAGAAGCUGUGGAGUGGACAGAGAGCGAGAGAGGUCUGGUUCAGACAGAGAGCGAGAGAGGUCUGGUUCAGACAGAGAGCGAGAGAGGUCUGGUUCAGACAGAGAGCGAGAGAGGUCUGGUUUAGACAGAGACAGAGGUCAGGGGUCUGACAGAGACCGAGACAAGGACAGAAUCUCGGGGUCAGGCUCCCAAAAGGUGGCGGUUGCAUCGGAGAGAGACACGGAGGGUGAGAGGGCGUCGAAGGCAGAACGAAAAAACUCAGGCGGCGCGAGCGGGGGAGGCAGAUCUGUCAGCCUGGAUAAAAUGACGAUCGGAGAGAAGUCUGCCAUCACGAGGAGACAGGCAGACCAUCAGGAGAAACCAAGAGCAUCUUCUAAGGAGAAGGGCGAGGGCUCAGAAAGAGCCGCUAAACCUGACAGGAGUGCGUCCAAGGACAGAACAGAGAGGAGCGUUCCCUCUGGAGAGAAACCAGCUGCUGCUCGCAGAGAAGCGGUCAAAGACGGGCAGGAGGCUGCUGUAAAGAGCAAACCCAGGAUCAGCCGAAAGGCUCUGACAGGCCACAUUACAAGCUCCACUAAGUCGUCUCAUGAAACAAAGCAGGACUCGGAGAAAGACCAGAAGAGUUUGCCUUCGAAACCUGCAGAACAGCCUCCACCGAGCCCCGUAAAAACCCGUGCACGCAGCCCGAGCUUGAGCCCGGUGCUCAGCCUGGCCAGGGAGGAACCGCUCAUUCAGCCUCCUCCCCGCUCCAAGUGGGAGAGGGAAGAUGACGAAGAAGGCCAGGAAAAUGAGCUUAGUGUAACCAAGGAGCCCUCCCCAGUGCUGCAGAGGCCUCGAGGUAGAGAGCUGCAGCAGGAAGCACCUAAGCCUAUUAGGACUGAAACCCGGGAUGCUACAAGAGAAGAGAGGAAAGGAGCAGUGAAGGAGGAGAAGAAGGGAAGAGCCACAAGGGAAGAGGGUAAGGGUGGUAGGACGGGCCAGACAAACUUGGACAAAUCAACCAAAAUUAAAAUCGUGAGGGAAGAGGGGAGAGGAGUGAGAGAAGAAGGAAGAGCUUCUGCAAGAGAAGAGGAGCGGCGAGGUGGAGGAAGAGAGGAAGGGCGAGUAGCUCCAGGGAAGGAGGAGAGAGCAGCAGAAGUCAGAGGUGGAGGAGGGCGAGAGGAAAGUCGGGCCCCCGAGCCCAGGAGACAGCGUUUGUGCUCCGACCUCGGCCGCGAGACAGACGAGGCAGCUUUCGUGCCCGACUACAGCGAAGGCGAAGGUUCUGAGCCUGAGAGAGGGCGAAGCGGCAGCGCCAGUCUGUCCCUCAGCCAGCGCUCCCACAGCCCCACCCCAAGUAACCACAGCGGCUCAGCCACCACCACGACAGACAAGAAGAAGAAGAAACACAAGAAAGUUAAAAGGCACAAAAAGCACAAGAAACGCAGCAGCCAGGACAAAGAGGCAGAACACAAGAAGCACAAGCACAAGAAAAAGAAACGCAAAAAGAACAAAGACAAAGAUGGGGAGGAGGAUGAAGAGGGCAGAGAGAAAGGCUCUGCAUUAACAGAGGCAUAACUCAAAGCUGCAAGGAGAUUAGGACGUAAAGAUAACGGCUAACGCUGGCAUCCUGCUACAAGGAAACUGAUAAAUGUCAGCUGUUCUGAUGCUUCCUGUCUCUGCAGCUCUCCACGGUACCCUUGUUCCUGUAAUGCAGAAAGACUGCAGCUGAGGUCUCUUCAAUAUUCAAUGUGAACGUCUUUGCAGAUUCUGGGCUGGGGAACAACUGGGCAGCGACGCUGUGCUGUUGUGGUCAAACUAGAGCUGCAGGACUCUGACGUGAACUGCUAUGCUAUGAAUAACAAACUGUGCUCAGGGAUGUGAUUUCUUUUUGGCAGAGGAGGAACUGCAGAUUAUCUGCCUCUGAUUCAUUUGUAAAUAUAGAUUAAAUCUUGCUUUAUGUAAUAAAUUCUCCUCAGUUUGUUUUGCUCACAUCCCUGUGUGCUGUUCAGGACUUAAAUGUGAAACUCUUCACUGCUUUGAGGGCUGUCUUUCUGAAGAACGCUGCCAGCACAUUUUAGCUCAUUAACCAUGAAAUCGUAUACGCUAUUAUCAUUGUUUUUUCUUCCUUUUUGGCAAUUGUUGGUUCAGUUCAUGCUGGUAUAUUUUUUUUUCUUCAUUUUUUUUCUCUCUUUUUUUUGUGAUGAAUAAUUUGCAAGAAAGGCAACGGAAAAUUUCUGAACAGGCAAACCAAGUAAGGUUAAUGUCAUGCUGGUUGAUUUGUCUUAUUGAACGUGACAUAAAAUCUGAUUGCUACCUGGUAAAUUAUGAAACUCUGGAAAUUUGUGAUUAAUGGGCUAAAAUGAGAAAUUACUAAUGUGGUCGUUGAAGUUGAAGCAGACUUUUAUGCGUUCAUGUUACACUGGAUUGUAUAAGAUGUUUAUAAUACUGACAGAUCAGUCAGCAUGUUUCUGUUCCAAAGGUUUAGUAGCUAGCACAUUGUCAGUGAGCGAAUGUGUGUGUGCUGUUGCGAAAGUGAAAUGUGAUGGAAGUUGAACAAAUUGGAGGACAAGACUUCUUACAAAAGAUUUUUUUUUUUUUUAUUAAAAUGUUUUGACCUCAUUAAAAUCCCCAAGUUGUGUUUUUUGUUUGUUUCUUGGUGUUUGAAAUCUCAGUUGCUUUAUGUGCUUCUAAUGAGUGUAGAAAACAUGGAUGACCUGACAGCUCCAGAAAAAUGAAGCCAAAGCGUCUCUGUGGCUACCUGCUGUCUGGCUGCAGUAUAGUUUCAUAAGUACUGCCCUCUCCAUGUUAGUGGAUGGGACUAGAGUCAAAAUAAAGGCAGUGCUCCUCAGAUAAAUUUUCCCAA